AUGGCUUCGCCUAAGGACAUAGCUCAACAGCUUCUAGCACGCCAGCAUCUGCAGCUGCAAGAAGAAGUUGAGGUGUUGAAGGUGGAGAACGAGUGUCUGCGGAUCGAGCGUGACGAGAGUGUCGCGAUGGCUGCCUAUGCGCAGGACCACACACCACAGUCGAUAAACCAAUCUGGCGUUGAGUCUGCUGUAGUUGCCGACGCCGUGCGCGAGUUGGGCUUAGAUGAUCCGACCGUGGCGCGCGACGCUCUGACAACACACAUGCAUAUCACAUUACCGCUGAAGUCUCGGACCAGAGCACUCGAGUCGGAACUCGCGACUGUCAAGCUCGAGAAGGAGGAUCUGCAGGACCAGACCGAUCAGGCUGCCAGCAGACCGACUAUAGCAACUCGCCGAGUGUUUGCUAUCCCGGAACUCCUAGAGCAGAUUCUGUUGAGCCUCAACUGCCACACGACCGGACCUUUCAGACUCAGCUCCGCUGCGGGAGCAAAGGAGCUCUGCCGUCUCGAGCGCGUCGACAUUGCCUUCCAUGCCACGAUCACUGGUUCCAGGAAGCUUCUCGACUCGAGAAGUCUCCUCAGCCUGGAUCGGACUCCCACAGAGUACGUCGCAGUCACUUGGCUAUUGCGGGAGCUGGGUCACACCUACUUCAAGAUCGCCGACUGCGAAGCACACGGCUGCAUCUACCCCAGCGCAUCGAGUGGGUGGAGGCACAAGUGCAAUAACAAGAACUAUCUACAGAUCAAGCGCUCGCCGGGAUACCAGGACGCCAUCCUGUACAAGAGGGCGUUUGAGAAGGCUAUCGAGAGUGACUCGUCCUGGCGUGAGCUGAGAAUCGCAGCACACUUCAAGAUCUACUUCACAGACCGACACGAAUCUGACCCGAUCUGGGUCGAGGAGCAUAUGCGUACUUUGGGCCAGAUGUGGGACUGCCACAAGAACAAGCUGUGA